AGAAUUUCUCUCUGCGCAAGCGUGCCAGACUGUCUCCUCCCUCUACCUGAGAGCAGAGCACCUGGAUCCACCGAGACGGAAGUUUUGAGAGGACAGAAACACUGAGCAAAUCUUUUCGUCUCGGCGGAAAGUUUCUUUGAAAGUUCAAUCAACAAAUACAGGAUCUCCAAUCGAAGCAGGAUGUCGUUGGUGGACAUCUUUAAUAAACAAUUUAAGAGAUUUUCCAUCAUACAAUUGUAGUUCGACUCAUGCUGGAUGUCAGUCCAAAGCCUGACUGCUCUCCAUUCAAGAAAAAUGACAGUUCUCCGCAGAGUGCUACGAAGGCGACUGCACCCACUAAAACUUGUGGUAGUGGGCCUUGUCUUCGUUACAUUAUUUUUUUUCAUACAAUGGGAAGUUGCUAGCCAAAACCAACAGGAGGACCCAUGGCUAAAGGGGAUGGCAGUGAAGCGGGAUGCCAUGCUGGGGAUGGUGAUGGGAGCUGUUAAUAACUUCAAGGAUGCCAUGCCAAAGAUGCAGAUCAAAGCCCCUGUACGUCAGCAGGACAGUGCAGAGAGGGUGUCAUGUCUGCAGGGUCACUACACUGCUGCUGAGCUCAGGCCAGCUCUGGAGAGGCCACCUCAGGAUCCUAUGGGCCCUGGAGCUGCUGGAAAACCUUUUCCCACAGACUCACUGAGCCCUGAGGAACAGAAGGAGAAAGAGAAGGGUGAAGAGAAACACUGCUUUAACCUGUAUGCCAGCGACCGCAUCUCCUUGAGCAGAGACCUGGGCGCAGACACGAGACCACCAGAAUGUAUUGAGCAAACCUUCAAGCGAUGCCCCCCCUUGCCGACCACCAGUGUGAUAAUUGUGUUUCACAAUGAAGGUUGGAGUACCCUGCUAAGGACAGUAUACAGUGUCCUCCACACCUCCCCUGCAAUUCUUCUCAAGGAGAUUAUCCUGGUUGAUGACGCCAGUGUGGAUGAUGUGUUGAAGGACGGGCUGGAUGAGUAUUUGAAGCGCCUGAGCAUUGUUCGGGUUGUCCGCCAGCGUGAAAGAAAAGGACUCAUCACCGCUCGCCUGCUUGGUGCCUCCGUGGCCUCCGGUGACACUCUUACCUUUCUUGAUGCCCACUGUGAAUGCUUUAAUGGAUGGCUGGAGCCCCUCCUCGCCAGGAUAGCUGAGAACAACACUGCAGUAGUGAGUCCAGAUAUAACCACCAUUGACCUCAACACUUUUGAGUUCAUCAAACCGUCCCCAUAUGGGCAGAAUCACAACCGGGGCAACUUUGACUGGAGCCUUUCUUUUGGCUGGGAGAGUCUACCGGAUCACGAGAGACAAAGGAGGAAGGAUGAAACAUACCCUAUCAAGACUCCCACAUUUGCAGGAGGGCUCUUCUCAAUCUCAAAAGAAUAUUUCUACCAUAUUGGGAGCUACGAUGAAGAGAUGGAAAUCUGGGGUGGCGAGAAUAUUGAAAUGUCAUUUAGAGUGUGGCAGUGUGGCGGACAGCUGGAGAUAAUUCCUUGCUCCAUUGUCGGCCAUGUUUUCCGUACCAAGAGCCCCCACACAUUCCCAAAGGGCACACAAGUGAUUGCACGUAACCAGGUCCGACUGGCUGAGGUCUGGAUGGACGACUACAAGGACAUCUUUUACCGCCGUAACCAGCAAGCUGCGCAGAUGGCAAAAGAUAAAGCUUUUGGAGGGAUCUCCAAACGACUGGACCUCCGUGCACGGCUGCAGUGCAAGAGCUUCUCGUGGUAUUUGAAGAACGUUUAUCCAGAAGUCUUCAUGCCUGAUCUCAACCCACUCCGCUUUGGCUCAGUGAAAAAUGUAGGCAAGGACUCAUGUCUGGAUGUUGGAGAGAACAAUGAGGGUGGUAAACAGCUGAUCAUGUACCCAUGUCAUGGACUAGGAGGAAACCAGUAUUUUGAGUUUUCCACACGUCAUGAGAUUAGGCACAACAUUCAAAAGGAGCUGUGUUUGCACGGGGCCGAGGGGACUGUGAAACUGGAGGACUGCCAAUAUAAAGGCGGUAAAACAUUAGUGGGAGCAGAGCAAAAAUGGGAACUAAAGGAGAACCAGUUACUCUACAUGCCAGGAACGAAUAUGUGUCUGAGUGCCCGUCAUGAGCAUCCCUCUCUGGCCCUCUGCAACCCUUCAGACAGAUACCAGCUCUGGACGUUUGUCUGAGUGUACAAACUACCACUUGCAAAUAGACCUACUAGGACAUGAGCAUACUAUACUGUCUGUGGUUAACAGUCAGUUUUCACUAGAUUAAUGGUAUUGAGUUUAAUUUAUUUUUAUACAUAGAAUAACUGAACUGCUGCUGCUGGGAAGUUUGAACUCUGGCAGAAACGUCCUUUUACCACUGCUGGAAGGAAGCAUUGAAAUGCUCCCAUCAGACUGUGAACUGAUAUUCUUGCAAGGAGGAAGAUGCACUGUGCUGACAAGUGCCUUCUUUGGGUUUAGGAUGUAUUCACUACUUCAUGUCUUUGCAACGAAUACAUGCAUUAUGCGGUACUUAAGGCCAACACUGAAAAAUGUCUAGUGAUGCACAUGAAUCUAAAAACAAUCGUACAAAAAUACAGUAAAUGAGUAUUAUAAACGAAGAGUUAAAGUUGGACAAACAAAAAUCCCAUCAUGUUUUGCACCAAAAACCCUGAGACACACAAAAGUGCAUUGUUCUCUUUUUAACUUUUUUAGUAACGCAACACCUCUUAUUUGCUACCAUCCAGUGCCUUAAAUUGAACUCUAUACUGGGUGGGUGGAGGGAUGGGUGGUGGUGUAGGGGUGGGGGUUGAAUGAUGUUUUUCUAUUCUCAUGUGAUAAUGUGGGGUCUUCAGAUCAAGAUUGGAUUGUUAGAAGACCAGAAACGUUUGCAGGAUGAAGAUUUUAUAGUUUCUUACAUUACAUUUGUUUCUCUUAGUUAAGCUAAAACAAAUAAAACUUGUAAUGAAUCUACCCUUCACCAAGUUUAUAAAAGGGUCCUAAUAAAUCUAAAUUGCAGACUGCAUUUGUUUUAGCUAAGUGUGCCUGGAAAAACUGACAUCCAUAUGUAAAGAUAUAAAGAAUGAAGAAUUAUCACGUGAAUGGACCUUUAUUGUGAGAAAAAGUCAAAGCUGACCCUUAAACAUGAUUGUUGAUUUUAAGUGCUCCAUAACUAAAAAGAAAUGUACGUCAUUAUUGGUGAUUGAAAUCUAUUUCUGUUUGACAUGCAUCAAUGCUUUAUUAAAUAUAUGCUAAUGCAGAUUAGCAUAUAUUUAAUGUUAGCUUGUUUAGCUGUAUUGUUUUUUUUUUAAAUGUUGGUGUUAAAAAAAAGACUUCAUUCCAAUUUUGUUUUCAUGUGAAAGGAAUACACCAAAGGAUUUCCGUUUGUUGAUAACAUGUCUGAUACUCUCCCUCUUCAUCUCCAUUGGAGUCCAAUAAUGAAUUUCUGGUGCAGGCACUAGUGUUUAGAUGGCUAUGAAAUAUUGUAAAUAACCAAGAGACUGGGUGAAGAACAGAUUGAAUGUGUGUGUUUACCUUGUAUGGAAACAGUCUAUUUGUGGCCCUGGUAUUAAGAGCUCUUAUUUUUAGGUCAAUAAAUUCAUUUGGUUAGAA